AUGUCGAGAGCCUCGAUAUCAGGGCGUUCGGCCGGCGAGGCGUCGACGGCAUCAAUGAACGCCGCGGCUACAGAAUCGAAAUGGUGGAAGAUCCGCUUCUUUCACGGCAUGAAGAACGAUAUCAAGAGGCGAGCGCCGUAUUAUUGGAGCGAUUGGAAAGAUGCUUGGGAUUAUCGUGUCGUCCCAGCGACGGUAUACAUGUACUUUGCAAAGUUUUCUUGCGACAUAUUUGGAUUCUAUGUCGCAUUUAUCUAUAUCCAGAAGGGUAUCCAAGUUCUUACUAGACAAUGGGGAAUGGCCGGCGAAACCUCCGCCUAUCUCUCCAUCACGGUUUCUCUACUCGUCUUUAUGUCUUGCUUUAUCUGCGGCGUCAUCGGGGAAAGCAAUUUCUUCAACCGCCAUACUCGAAAGUUCAUCGAAGAUUAUGGCACCCCUCUCAGCAUCAUUUUCUUCACUGGGUUCGUUCAUAUCGGCCAAAUGAAGGGUGUUCACAUCGAAACACUGCCCACCUCUAAAGCAUUCUUCCCAACUACGGAUCGUGGUUGGUUAGUGCACUUUUGGGAUAUUGGUGUUGGCGAUAUAUUUCUCGCCAUUCCAUUUGCAAUCCUCUUGACAAUCCUAUUUUAUUUUGAUCAUAACGUAUCGGCGUUGAUCGCACAGGGAACCGAGUUUCCACUCCGCAAGCCCGCAGGCUUCCAUUGGGAUAUAUUCUUGCUCGGACUGACUACAGGAAUAGCAGGAAUCCUAGGGAUUCCCUUCCCCAAUGGCCUAAUUCCUCAGGCACCAUUUCACACUGCUUCACUUUGCGUAACUCGCCAGAUAGCGGAUGAGGAUGAGGCCCAUAAGGGAAAGUCUGUCCGUAUCAUCGACCAUGUUGUUGAACAGCGAGUCAGUAACCUGGCCCAGGGCCUUCUUACUCUUGGAACAAUGAGUGGCCCACUCCUUGUCGUCCUACAUUUGAUCCCUCAAGGGGUAAUGGCAGGCCUUUUCUUCAUCAUGGGAAUACAAGCCCUGCUAGGAAACGGAGUGACGCAGAAGGUGAAGUUUUUAUUGCAAGACAAGGAGUUGACUUCACCAUCGAACCCACUUCUAAGAAUCGAACGAAGAAAGGCAAUUUGGGCAUUUGUUUCAAUCGAGUUGCUAGGAUUUGGAGCUACCUUCGCAAUCACACAAACUAUUGCAGCCAUUGGGUUCCCUGUCUUCAUUCUUUUACUUAUUCCGAUCAGAUCGUUCGUGCUUCCAAACUGGUUUACUCCGAGCGAACUAUCUAUACUCGAUGCCCCUACCGCAAGCCCGUUUACCAUGGAAAGCGUCGGUGGGACAUAUGGGCACGGCCAACAUGAAGCACAGACUCAUUCUUCUGGAGUGUUUGGUGAUGCACAUAUGUCCCACAAUCAAUCUGGGGUUGCCGUCGUGGAGGGUGGAGUUUUGGCGGACCGUUUGGAGAACGGGGAGUUACAUGAACUUCAAUCGAGAAACUCUAUGAGGAGAAGGAGUCGGACGGAUAGAUGA